AUGCUGCUGUCUGAUCUACACAAGAUGAAGAGCCCGGCCAAAAGGAUACUGAUGUUUCCCAAACUGUGGCUGGUGGAAUCUGAAGACGACAAAUACGGCCCGCAAAUGUCGACUACACGGCGACUGCUGCGAACAGCGGCGAGGCGGUAUGGCGUCACUUUGAUGCCCAUGGAGCCUAUUGUGGAAGGCGCAGACGACACACUGCCCUCUUCCUACUCACUAGCAAGCCUGUACUCACUGGUAGACUACGAGCGGCUACUCUACCUGCAAGGUCCGGGAGUGCUGCUCGACGCAUCGGCUCUGGACUCGCUGCUGGCUUUCUCCAAGUCAGAGCCCAUGGCAGCGUACCCCGCCACGCCAGAACGAACCGACAUGUCGACAUCACUCCUGAUGAUACACCCGUCACAACAGAGCUACAACCAGCUGAGGACACUGCGCACGACGAAUCCGACGUCGGACCUCAACAUGUUCCGCAAGACAUUCACGGUGCCGGACUCAUUGAUCUCGGAGUGGUCGCUGUCCAUGGGCAACGUGGUCUACGAAUCGCAGAACUUGCGCAAUGUCGUGGACGACUUCAACGCGACGGCGUUCGAACAGGCGACGACGUUCGUGAGGCUGUCGGAUCCCGAAAUACCAGGACCGGAGUACGACAUUCCUUUUUCUGAACGCGCCAAGCUGCGGCCUCAGAACGCACAGGCGCAAGAGGCGUGGAGCAAGCUGUACGAGAGGUUCCGGCAACGGCGCAUGGAAGUGUGCGGCCUUGACCUGGAGACGUACCAGCCGAUCGUGGUGUCUGGUGGGGCCGAUGAAACCCAUGCGGUGGCUGAUGAGCUGUGA